AAUUUUUUAUGCUGUUCAGCCCAAUAUGUCGAUAAGUGGUGGCCCAUCAAAGAUUGAGCGGGCUUGAAGGCUUGGGCUAACCCCCUAGCCCAUAGAAACCCGCCUAUGAAAUCCGGAGCAUGACGAUUGCUCCAUUUUUCCAACUGAAAUUUCCAGUUUUCCGGUCUUCUCCAUCAAAGCUUUCUUCUUUAACAGAGAAGAAAGAGAAAAACAUGGCAAGAAGGAAACUUUUGUUGCUGUUGAAGCCAUUUGAUGUCUAUCAUGUUACUCAAUCAAAACCCGUCUCUCACUUCACCAACCCUCGGGUUUUCCAUUAUCUUGAUAAUAGGCGUAAGGUUCACAAGGAGGCCAUAAACUUUUGUCAGCAAAUUUUACAGAAAAAAGCAGUUGACUGGAAACCCAUAUUACGUAAUAAUUUAUCACAACCAAUUCAUAAUGUGGAUUUGGUUGUUACAGUUGGUGGUGAUGGGACUCUUUUGCAGGCCAGUCAUUUCAUGGAUGACUCAAUUCCAGUUUUAGGAGUAAAUUCUGAUCCUACACAAGCUGAAGAGGUUGAAGAAUUUAGUAAUGAGUUUGAUGCUACUAGAAGUACUGGCUAUUUAUGUGCAGCAACAGUAAAAAACUUUGAACAGGUUCUGGAUAGCUUUCUAGAGGGUCAGACAGUUCCUUCUAAGUUGUCAAGGAUGUCAAUAUCUGUAAAUUCAAAAUCUCUGUCUACUUAUGCUCUUAAUGAUAUUUUGAUUGCACACCCAUGUCCUGCAACAGUUUCUCGGUUUUCAUUGAGAAUUGAAAGGGAUGACCAGACAUGUUUGUCAUUAGUUAAUUGCCGAUCAAGUGGUCUCAGAGUCUCAACUGCUGCAGGAUCAACAGCUGCCAUGCUCUCAGCAGGAGGAUUUGCAAUGCCUAUGUUGUCUCGGGAUCUCCAAUAUAUGGCUUCAACAUGAUCUAAAACAGGAGGCUUAAAGAUCUUCAAUAGUACACAGAAAGAACACAAAGCUGAGAGAUAUAUUUGCCAAUUGUAACAAAUUAUUUGAGGAGAUAUUUUUGGCAAUUACUCCCUUUUUUUUUGCUUUUUGGCAACUGGCUGGCCUCCAACUUAUGAUUUUUGGAAUAUCUUUGUCUCAUCUCGUGGUCACUAAUCAAGAACAAAAUCAACUUCUUGUCAUCAACCAAAACAGAAAAUGUCUCAUUGCCAAAGCAGAUGUUUCUGUUGUCGGGACAAGACUGCAAAAGGGCGACAAAUCAAUGACCCACACCCAAACCUCAAGUAUUCAAAAGCAAUCACCAUCAAAACUUCAAACGCUAGCAACAAAUGAAAUUUUGCCAAUUUGGAAGCUAUCAUGUUACCAUAUCAAUCGCAUUUCAAUCUGCCAGCAAUUUCCAGCUGGAUGUUUUAUAGAAAGGAAGGAAAGAUGGAAGGAAGAAAAUGUUCCAUUCAUAGCUAGAAAACUCUCAAUACAAUUUCUAUAAAAAUGUAAAGACAGUUCGAUACGUCCUCUUAAUCAUGGUAUAAGAAAACAGUCAAUUUGCCAAACAAAAAAAAAAUCUCAGACCUUUACAAAAUUGCAGCAGUGAUGGCCACCCGAGUUUGAAGACUCCAAUGAAGGAAUGGAAGUGCCAAUCAUGAAAAGAUGAUUAUUACAUUUCCCUGUUGUAUAUCCACAUACCUUUGAAAUUUGGCGAAGACAAUGGGGUACCAAUGUUUUCUCUUUUUCCAUUUUUUUUUUUCCAUGUCCAUGCUUCCACCCAACAUUAUACAUACAUUGUUUUGCAAGAGUUGGAGCUUUGCGAUAAUGUCCCUCUUUUACUAUAAAACAAGGAGCUAAUUACUGUAGGUGAAGUUUUCUUCAACGCUAGAUUUCCAGCAAAAUGUACAUCAACUUGA